ACCCGGGAAGGACGCCUUUUCCACCAAUUUCCACAUUUUUUAUUAUUGCUUUUGCAAAAUGCAAUAAGGGAUCCCUUCCAGGAUGGAGCAGCAGACAAGAGAGAAGAGAAUGUGCAGCAAGUGGAAUCGGAGAGAAUGUAUGUUGUCGUGAAAGGAGGCUGUGAAAAGGCAGCCCUUCUGUUUUCACUAUGCUUUAGGGCCUUGCAAUGGCAGAAGACGGGCCUCCGGACCAAAAAAGACCCAGGAGAAAAUUAUCCCUCUCUAAGAGCAAUAAAAAAACUGCAAGGAAAAAUGGCAGAGGGGGUCUGUCUGCAGCCCCAGAGUCUUCUUCCAUUCUUUCCCUUUUUAACAAUGCUCCCCCCGCCAGAAUUGCUUGUCCCUUGUGUGGCCAGACGAUACCAAGGUACAGAAUCAACCAGCACAUUGACGAAGAAUGCAAAAAUAAUCACAAUGAGGAUUGCAACGUGGAUGGAACUGGCUUAACGUCCGCUGUCUCCCCCGGGCCGUCAGCUGAACCUGCGCCUGUCAGUUCGAGUCCAUAUUUUGCCGCUAAGCUCUCAACACCAGAGAAAAAUCGCAGCCUUUCCAGAGGAGACAAUGGGGAAACAGAAAGGGAGUCGGGAGAACAGACGAGUCCUUAUUUCAAGAAAGUUGGAAAACCAGCCCUGCUUGAUGACCAACUUAGAGAUGGUGUCAUUAAAAAUAUCUCCGUGAGAACCCUGUCCACCAGACUGUCCAGGAGGUGGCGUGGUCGCAGCAGGGAUGGGUUGACUCAAGGUGGCCAACCUUCUCCAGCUCAAGAUGGCAUCCCAGAGCAGAAACCUAACCAGAAACCUUGGGGUGAAGAUUCCCUGAAGGAGGACCAGUUGUCCCCAUCAAGAUUCGGAUGGGCAACUGGAGCUCUGAAUAAGGAGGGUGAUAUCUCAAGUUUGGGGCAAGAAGAUGACCCAAGAUCUCUCUCUGAUGGCCUGAAUGAUUCUGCUCUGGUAUCACUCACGUGCAGAGAACUUGGGCUGCCAAGAAAAGGCCACCAGCAGGUAAGUAACCCCCAGAAGGAUCCAGAUGUUCAACAGUUGGGAAUUUCUUCAGUAGUUGAGGAGGAAGGGAUGACAGCCAGUUAUCCUAAAGGAGAGCCACCCACGUUGGAAUCCCAGAGUUUCUCCUCCGACAAGCCAGAUCCAGCGAUAGAAGAAGACGAUCACCAUGAGAUGCAAAAGUUCUCCAGUUCCACAGGAGAUGGGAUGGAACGGCUUUCUAUGGACGAUGAGGCAGGGGCCGGAACUGAAGUGGAGGAUGAAUUAUGUUUGGCAACUUUAGAAAAAGCCAGUUUUCCACAUUCAAGUGAGGAGGUUGGGCCUGGCCUGGAUUCAGCUGGCCACCCCUAUUACCUCCGAAAUUUCCUCAUGGUCCUGGAGGCCGUGCUGGAGAACGAAGAUGACCGGAGACUCUUCAGUGAGGACGAUUCGGAGGCCAUUUCUCGUUUCUACAAGCUUUCAGCCGGUGGACAGAAACUCUACGUCCGGCUUUUCCAGCGUAAAUUGGCCUGGAUAAAGACGAAUAAAAUAGAAUAUGAAGAGAUCAGCUCAGAACUNUGAGCCGGUGAGAUUAGAACCGCUGAACUGCAGAUAGCAGCCGAAUUGCAAAACCUAUCAGAAGUCCUUGACUUACUUUCCGCCCCCGAGUUGAAAGCUUUAGCGAAAGAAUUUCACUUGAAAAACCCAACUUCUCCCAAGCAGCAACUUCUGGAAGAUUUCCUCCGGUUGGCAAGACAGCGCUCCAUCUUUGGCACGUGCCAAGCUGGGAUUGGCAGUGUCAUUCUAAAGAGGGCUAAAGUCCUUGCGGGGAAAUGCAUCAAGGUUUGUCGUGAGGCCCGGGCUGUUUUUUCCCGCGUGCUGCUGCUUUUCUCCCUGACGGAUCCCGUGGAGGAGGAAGAAGCCGGAAGUGGCGGCCAAAGGCAACUUUCUACGGUGCUGAUGGUCAACAUGGGCCGGACCGUCUUCCCUACUUACACAGUCAGCAGGAAAACGCCAAUAUUUCAAGAUCGGGAUGAUUUCCUUCGGUACGCUGCCGCUGCGCACACCUCCAAUGACAUUUCCGUGGCCAUGACCGGCGGGAAGUGGGAAGAGGCGCGCUGCCUGUACGAGACCGCGAAAGCAUCUUGGCAGGAGCUGAAGGGACACCCUUCCCUCAGGCUGUUGCGUCCAUCCGGAAAGGCCUCCUGGAUCCCUUCCUUCGCCCAGGCCACCGGCUCAGUCUCUCCCAGCGAGUCCAACGGAUGAAGGACGCCCCGUCCUGCCAGAGGUUCAAGCGUCUUCUUCUCGACCUGCCUCUCCUCUCUGUGGAUGACGUUACCCACGUGACCAUCAAGGGAAAACUAUGCCCACAGACCGGGAUGGGCAAAUCCGUGUUUAUUCUGGAGAGUCAAACGGAGGGAGCAGAACUCUUGGCGGUGGUCUGCUCCGUUGAGGAACUGGCCUUAGCCCACUACAAGCAACAGGGCUUCGAUCAAGGUGACCUUUUUCUUAUUUUGUUUCGCUCGGUUGCAUCACAGGGAGAAUAA